AUGAUGGACGAAGAACUGGGUGGGCUCAAUGAAGACGAUUUUGUUAUACCGCCUGUAAAAUAUGAAUUCUUAUAUGUUAUAUUCCUAAACCCUUGUGCAACUAAUCCUUUCAGACUACAUGCUUGGGGUGAUACAUUGCAAGAGGCUUUUGAACAGUGUGGCAUGGCCAUGUUUGGUUACAUGACGGAAAUGGAUUAUGUACAGAUAAAAGAGGUCCAUACCAUCGAAGCUAAUGCUGACGAUUUAAUGGGACUCCUCUACCAUUUUCUUGAUGAAUUACUCUUUCUGUUUUCCGUUGAACCGUUUUUGAUAUGUAAGAAACUUGUCAUUACAGAGUUUAAUACCGAGGAGUUUAGAAUAGUAUGCAAGUGUUUUGGUGAGGAGUUCCAGAUAGGUAAACACCCUCAGGGCACUGAGGUGAAGGCGAUCACAUAUUCUGCCAUGCAAAUUAUAGAUCAACCUAAGAAUAAUAAGUAUGAGGUUUUUGUUAUAAUUGAUAUUUAA